AUGGAUCCCCUGGUAAGCUAUCUAGGACCGUCUUUUGGAACAACCGACUCCUCCAUACAAACCGCAAAAUGCCAGAUGGAGUAUCGCGGACCAAAUAAAAAUCAGUGGAAACAGUGGCUUCCACUUAGAGAUAUUGUUCCUGUUGGGGGGGAGGGGAAGGGAUGGGAAGGGGGUGGGGGCGUGUCUGCUUGUUAUAGAUCAUUUCCUGAUAGUAGCAGCUGGAGUAUAUGCGGCAGAGAGGCUUAUGAUAUGGCGUCUGCUAUUCUGUGUCCUUUUACGGCAGUAGUUUCCAACAGGUCAAGAAAAGGUUGGAAAGCACUAUUUUACGGUUUUGGUAGUCAUACUUCCCUUUGUGUUUAUUCUUGCCAUUCUCAUGACGUUGUUAUCCCAAAUAAGAUAUGGCUCGGGAAAAGAUACUGUAAGAAUAAAGACGAGUGGCACAGUUAUUGGCCAUCAUCUGACAUACCACAUGCAUGA